CUUUAUCAACCGACAACCGUCUCAUGCCAAACUUUUGAUUGAGAUAGUCAGAAUGUCAGAUGACAUGUGUGGUCAAAUAAAGCUUAAGAAGUGGCUGCUAACCAUUUGAGUGGCACCGAUCGUCUCUUUUCUCAGUUUUCUGAUUUGAGUUACUUCAAUAAUUUGAAGAGGUUUUUUGUAAGAGACCUUCACUGUCCAUAAUGACGAACCUUCCUACCGGUGACGCCGAGCUCCUCGGAUCCCGUUUCAUCCAAGUUCUCCUCAGCCGUCGUUCCCCUCAUGUUCCCCUUUCGGUGAUACCUGGAAAACCUGUUAGUGAUCCUUUGUAUCAGCAAACUCCUAAGCCAGUGUUUAGUGAGGCGAUGGCUUCUUGCCCUAAAGAGGAUGUCCCCAAUUUUAAAGAGUUGCUCCAGGAGGAAAAUUUCUACCUCACAACUGAGGAGGGAGACCAGGGGAAGUUGCCUGUCUUGAUAUUGAGCAUGAAAGAAAUGAAUCAGACGAGAAGGCCAGCUAUUGUAUUUUUGCACAGCACAAGUAAAUGCAAAGAAUGGUUAAGGCCACUGCUUGAGGCAUAUGCUUCUAGGGGAUAUAUAGCUAUAGCCAUUGAUUCUCGUUACCAUGGAGAGCGUGCAAGCAGCAUGACAACCUAUCAAGAUGCCCUUGUAUCAUCAUGGAAGAAAGGCGAUACAAUGCCAUUUAUAUAUGACACGGUGUGGGAUCUGGUAAAACUGGCUGAUUAUCUUACAGAAAGGAAAGAUAUUGACCAGACAAGGAUAGGGAUCACAGGGGAAUCACUUGGUGGUAUGCAUGCUUGGUUUGCUGCCGUAGCUGACAGUCGUUACACAGUGGUUGUCCCCAUCAUCGGUGUACAGGGAUUUGGAUGGGCCAUAGAACACGAAAAAUGGCAAGCGAGAGUGAACAGUAUCAAGGCUGUCUUUGAAGAAGCCCGGGCUGAUUUAGGGAAGAGUGAGAUUGAUAAGUAUGUGGUGGAAAAGGUCUGGAACAAAAUUGCACCAGGUUUAGCAUCAGACUUCGAUUCACCCUACACACUGCCCAUUAUUUCACCGCGCCCUUUGCUGAUUCUAAAUGGUGAAGAAGAUCCUCGAUGUCCUCUUGCUGGCUUAAAACUUGCCAUUUCUAAAGCUAGCCAAUCUUAUGAAGAUGCCCAUUGUCGUGAUCAUUUUAAGGUGUUAGCCGAACCUGGAAUUGGGCAUCAAAUGACACCUUUCAUGGUAAAAGAAGCAAGUCAUUGGUUUGACAAAUUCCUCAAACCUGUUGACCUCAAAUUUUAAGUGCUCUCGUAUGUCAGUUGGAUUUUGGUGUGCAUAAGGUUGUAGUGACUUCAAUGUAAGGAGUAUGCGGCUAUGUAAGGAUAGGUAAUAUUCAUACCCCCUCCCUGAAUUUACUUCCGUAGUACAAAUGUCACACGGAUUAAAAAAGUGGGUUUUGUGUGGUAAAGAGUUGUGAAGAGGAGAGAGAAAUAUGUAAGAAUUGAUGUGAACCACAAAUUCUUUGCCAAAAAGGGAAAGUGAAGUUCUUUGGGGAACGGACGAAAAUGGAAAGUUGGAAGUAUUUUCAGGGACGGAGGGAGUACUUCAAAACCUCUGUUUAUAGUUGAUGAUGGUAUUUUAUGUUUGCAGUAGUUGUCCAAUACGCAAACAGAACAGUUAUUGACCCAACAAUCCGAAGAUACCAUUAGACCAUUUGUAGUGGUUAGGAGUUCAAAUUGUUAAAUUUGGACUCCGUCCACAUGAAAACAGUGUUUCGACUCCAUCAAUACUGUUUUUCCCUGCAUGCGUGCAUCGUCAAAAAAAUACACUCAACAUAUUUUUUUACAUAUCAAUUUAGUAAAACAAUAAUUAAUUUAUUAUAAAUAAUGUUUUCCGUUUAAUAUUUUCCCUAAAUAAUUGUGAAAUAAAAAAAACACAUUUCAAUGUAAAAAUAAAUAAAUUUCAUUAAUUUUUUUAAUGUUUUCGGUUAACAAAAAUAAACUUAGUUCAAGUAAAGUUCGAUUAUGAAAUAUUCAGUUAUUUGUGAAGAUUCAAUGAAUUAAAAAUUUGUGUUUCAUCGUUUUUUAGACUGAAGAAAACAGUUAAAAUUUAAGAAUUUUGUUUCAUUUUAUAUAUUACAUAUUAAAGAUCAUAAAAUUUUAUGAAUUUUGAUAUAUAUUUUGAAAAUUUUGGAGAAGAAAUAAAAAAGUUAUACAAGUUUCUAAAAAUUUGGGAUAGUAUGAUGCAAUGAUGAUGUCAGCACGACAUCAUAUUCACCAAAAGCAACCCUUUUCAUAAAAUUUUACUCCCUCCCUCCCUUAAAAUUUGCCAAUUUUUCUUUUUUGGAUGUCUCACUAACUUUGCCAAUUUCCUUUUAAAGUAAAGAAUUUGUGGUUCAAGUUAAUUCUCUCCUCUGCACAAACCUUAAUCACACAGAUUUUACUUUAUUAAUCUCCGUGCCGGUCAAACUUGUCAAAGUUUUAAGUGACCAAGGUAGUACAAUUUUUUUUUUGC